UGAAUUGUCUACUGAUAUAGAACCCGAGAGAACAAAUAACCAAAAGCGAUAGAGAUCAUUUGAUUCAAUGUCAGACAUAGCGAUUUUAGUGGUGGAGGAGUAUGAGCGGAGGGUGAGACAGCCGGAAGAUUCGAAGGCGGCGACGGUGGAUUUUGAUUGGUGGAAGAAACUUCCCGGGAAGAUGAUGACCAUAGGAGUUGACGAGAAGAAGAUAGAAAGUUUCAUGAAGAAGUUUGAGGCUAAGUCUCAGUUUGCUAUUGCCAUCUCACAUGGCGUUUUCUCUGCUUGAAACCAGUUUGUUUAUAGCUAAUCUCGUUUCUUAAUCGCUGUUUUGUGCUUUCCUUUUCCUUUGGGAGUUUUAUGUAAAAAAGUAAAUAUCUGAAUUAACCAAAUGUAAGAUUCUGUUUGUUUAUUUAAACAAGUAAAAAU